AUGGCGAAGUCGAGAAGUUUUUGGAAAGUGAAACGGUUAGUUUGGUUUAUUGUCCCUACCAUCGUCCUAGUGCUUUUGGUAGUGCGAUUCAUUAACAAUUCUAAAGCUACUGAUCUACAGACUAUAUUACAGAAUUUACCUACUGAAAUUUCCCAAAGUAUCAACAAUGCGAAUAACAAGCAACAGAAAGAUGCCGACAUCAUGUCGAGACUAGAGGAACUGACGGAACAACUGUUAGCCAAACAAGAAGAACAAAGUAAAGAAUUCGAGAAAGAACGUAAGGCUCUAGAAAAGAAAAUCAACGACUUGAAACCUGUGCCAGAUGACCUUACUUUGCGGGAGAAACUUGCUUACAAUUUUCCUUAUGACCCAAAAACAAGAUUCCCAGCUUUCAUAUGGCAAAUGUGGAAUGGUAAGAUGGAUGAUAUCGAAGUACUUUUGAGUAAACAACAAUGGGGUGACAAGAACCCAGGGUUCGUACAUGAGGUUUUUAAUGACGAACUUAUGGAUGCUAUAGUGCGUCAUUUUUAUAGUAGAAUUCCUGAAGUUUUAGAGGCGUACACCGUCAUGCCUUCAAGAAUUCUUAAGAUUGAUUUCUUCAAGUACUUGAUCCUGUUGGCGAGAGGUGGUGUGUACGUUGAUAUGGACACUUUCCCUGUCCAACCGAUUCCAAACUGGAUUCCUGAAGCUAUGGAGCCCUCUGAACUCGGCAUGAUAGUCGGUAUCGAACAUGAUGCACCAUUAAAUACAGACUGGAAGAAAUAUUUUGUUAGAAGAUUGCAAAUUGGUAACUGGGUAAUUCAAGCUAAACCAGGUCAUCCAACUCUUCGUGAAAUUGUUUCGCAGAUUACUGAACUUACAUUACACCGUAAGGAAGAAAAUUCUUUGCGUUUGAAUUUCCGUAAUGAUUUAACUGUCAUGGGGUGGACGGGGUCAGGUGCUUGGACAGACGUCAUAUUCACUUAUUUCAACGAUUACAUUAAGAGCGGUCUGAGGUCUAAGACUACAUGGAGAGACUUCCACGACAUCAGGAGGCCAAAAUUACUAAGUGACAUCUUAGUGUUGCCUCAGUUCUCAUUUGCAUCACCUCAAACUAUCGAAAACGAUGAUCCAAGAAAGAAAUAUUAUUUUGUAGUUCAUGCCGCUACAAGGUUCUGGAAAGGUGCACCAAAAGUCGAACAAUAA